CAACCAUGCUCAAGUAUAGUAAUUAUCCUAUCAGUCGAUAACUUCUGUCGUGAGAGAGUGAUUUGUGAUUUGCUUUCACAGUAGUAACGUUACAUAUUAGCACAUAACUCACCUUCAAGGUAGCUCUACUACUUUAUGUUUCGGUAAUUUUUCACGAAAUUCAUAAAUUGAUAAGCGGCCAUUUUUGGCGACCGCAAUUUUUUUUUUCUUAUCGUGGGUAGAUUUCGAACAAAAUUUAAUCGUAGUCGUAGAUGAAAAUAAAGAUUCUAACUGACAUUUUUCUAUGUGACAUUCCAUUUUGUUUCGUAUGGUAUUGUAUGGUUGGUAGAUUUUUCGUUGGUACGGCAGGUAAUUUGAUAUAAAGGCUCCCCCACUUCGGCAAAGCUCUUUCAAAGAACGCUCAUCUUUCUCAACCCCGUUUCAAAUUCGCUCGCGCGUCCUGUGCCGAACUGAACUUCUUGUGAUGACUGCACUUGCGAGUCGUCGUCGUCAUCCUCGCCACCAUCGCCAUUCAUCCCAAUGCAUCAUCGUCAUGCUCUCAAAGCCUCCAAGAAGCCGUCGUCUUCACGGCCUCACCAGUUGGCGAAUACCCUCCUCGUCGCCUCCGUCGCCAAGACCCUCUCGCAGUCCGGGACCCGCAAUCUCGGCCCGGACACCGUCCCGGUCACUGACUCUCUUCUCCGCCAGAUCCUCUCCCACAGAUCCCUCCACCCAUCGAGAAAGCUCGAGUUCUUCACGUGGUCUCGCUCUCUCGCGCAUUUCGGCAAACACUCGGCGAGCAUGUACUCCCACCUGUUCUGGGUCAUGUGCCGAGCCCACCAGCUCGAGGAGGUCCCUCUCCUGCUCCGCCUGAUGAAGGAGGACGGCGUUGUCGCUGAUUCUUGGACCUUCAAGCUCCUCCUCGAUGCGUUCAUCCGGUCGGGCAAGUUCGACGCCGCGCUCGAGAUUCUCGAUCACAUGGAAGAGCUCGGCAUGAGGCUGAAUUCCCAUAUGUAUACUUCGGUGCUCGCCGCGCUCGUAAGGAAGGGCCAGGUGGGUCUGGCGCUGUCGAUUUUCUAUAAGCUCUUGGACAGUUCAAAUGGCGAGGUUUCGCUCCCAAGCGCGGUCGCGUACAAUGAGGUGCUCGUCGCUCUUAGGAAGGCGGACAUGAGAGCCGAGUUCAGGGAGUUGUUUGACAAAUUGAGAGGGAAGGAUGGGUUUGAGUUGGAUGCUUGGGGUUAUAACAUUUGCAUUCACGCGUUCGGCUGUUGGGGCGAUUUGCCGUCUUGUCUGCGCCUUUUCGAAGAGAUGAAGGCAAAGAGUUUGGGUUCAUUCGGGCCCGAUUUGUGCACCUAUAAUAGCUUGAUCCAGUCGCUCUGCUUGGCCGGCAAGGUCAGAGACGCGCUGAUUGUGUGGGGGGAAAUGAAAGGGUCUGGCCACGACCCUGAUGCCUUUACGUAUAGAAUUCUCAUUCAAGGCUGCUCGAAAUCAUACCUUAUUGAUGAUGCCGCCAGAAUUUUCGAUGAAAUGCAGUACAAUGGAUUUCGACCGGAUGUGAUUGCUUAUAAUUCUCUCCUAGAUGGACUUCUUAAGGCAAAGAGAGUGAACGAGGCGUGCCAACUUUUCGAUAAGAUGGUUCAGGAAGGAAUAAGGGCCACAUGCUGGACAUACAACAUCCUCAUUGACGGGCUAUUCAAGAAUGGAAGGGCCGAGGGAGCGUAUACGAUAUUCUGCGACUUGAAGAAAAAGGGUCAGUUUGUGGACGGCAUUACUUAUAGCAUUGUCACGGUGCAGCUCUGUAAGGAAGGUCAACUCGAGGAAGCUCUUAAACUGGUGCAAGAAAUGGAAGUCAGAGGUUUUGUCGUGGACCUGGUCACGAUAACUUCCCUCUUGAUUGGAUUUCACAAGCACGGUUGGUGGGAUGGGAUGGAGAUGCUCAUGAAGCACAUUAGGGACGGAAAUCUGGUCCCAAGCGUUCUCAAGUGGCAAGCCGACAUGGAGACUGCGAUGGAGCGUUAUAAGAGCAAAAGAAAGGAUUACACUCCAAUGUUCCCAUCUAAAGGUGGCUUCCAUGAAAUUAUGAGUCUGGUGGGUUCUCCUACUGUCUCGGAAGAGCCCGUGACUGGAGAUGAUGAGGCUUUGUGUAUCGAUUCUGAUCAGUGGUCAUCGUCCCCAUACAUGGAUCGGUUGGCUAGUCAAGUGAAUGCCGGGGAUUAUACUCCUCAGCUGUUUUCGCUUUCAAAAGGGCCACGUGUUCAAGGCCAAGGGACCAGCACGUUAGAUACCGACAUGGUCAAUACCUUCUUAUCGAUCUUUCUAGCGAAGGGAAAGUUGAGCUUGGCCUGCAAGUUGUUUGAGAUGUUCACCGAUAUGGGCAUCGACCCAACGAGCUACACGUACAACUCCCUGAUGAGCUCCUUUGUCAAGAAAGGCUAUUUCGACGAGGCAUUGGGCGUGCUCAACGAGAUGGGUGAGCGGGUGUGCCCCACAGACAUCGUGACAUACAACCUGAUCAUUCAGGGGCUCGGCAAGAUGGGGAAAGCGGACCUAGCAAGUGCGGUCCUGGACAAGCUAAUGAAGCACGGGGGUUACCUAGACGUAGUAAUGUACAACACGCUGAUUAACGCCUUGGGGAAAGCUGGUAGGAUCGACGAAGCAUGCAAGCUUUUCGAGCAGAUGAGGACAAGUGGGAUUUGCCCCGACGUCGUGACGUUUAACACGCUAAUUGAAGUGCACAGCAAGGCAGGGCGUUUGAAGGACGCAUACAAGUUCCUGAAAAUGAUGCUCGAUGCCGGGGUCUCCCCUAACCAUGUGACCGACACGACUUUGGAUUUUCUCGGGAGGGAGAUCGAAAAACUAAGGUAUCAGAAGGCUUCAAUGGUGCGCGUGGACACAGAUGAUUCUGUUUCUGGUUAAUGCAGAAACUUUCUUGGGGAUGUCUGUUCGCAGGUAAUUGAAUUAUCUUCCUGAUCUUUCUCAUGACAAUGGAGCGAUUGCGUAAUGUUUCUAGCAUUGUUUAAAUUUAGUGUUAGAUGUUGAUAGUGACGACGAUUAAUUUAGUGUUUACAUUGUGUGAAUUUGACUCUGAUAUAAGAAUCUAGAGGUAAAUUGUACUUCUAGUGUGACAGUGAUGAUUGUCUAAAGGGUUAUUUCAUUAUAUGAUCAAUUUUCCGGAUCACGAUUGAUCAUACAUUUGAAUAUGCUGAAGUUUGUUUUUGUAAGGAGUUA